ACUCUGUUUAAGGACAACUUGUACAGAGUUGGAACCAGGGAGAGACAGAUAUUUCCACGACCAGAUUGCAGUAACACCAUAUACACAUGGUUACAACGAAUUAGUUUUGUGAGGCAGGAUAAUGGUAGGAAAUGUUACGUUGGACUGUUGAAUUGGAAGGUGGACCUAAACGGGUUAACCAUGCAGCUGUUGCUAUUAGUGACAGAAUUUACAGUUUUGGGGGGUACUGUACAGGAGAAAACUAUGAAACCACUACACCUAUGGAUGUCCACUUGUUGGAUACAGUUUCCUUGAGAUGGAGAUUAAUACAAUUGGAAGAACCAGCUAAUUUAACAUCAAUUCCAUACCAGCGAUAUGGUCAUACUGCUGUAGCUUAUAACGAGAAUGCUUACAUCUGGGGAGGGAGGAAUGAUAAAGAUGGAGCUUGUAAUAUUCUGUAUGGAUUUAAUAGCAAUACACAUGCAUGGUUUAGGCCAGAUGUGUGUGGUCCUAUUCCAAAUGCCAGAGAUGGUCAUUCUGCAUGUGUUAUUAAUCAUAAGAUGUAUGUUUUUGGAGGAUAUGAAGAAGAGACAGACAGAUUUUCAAAUGAGAUUUAUGCUUUAGAUUUUUCCACUUUUUCUUGGUCACUGAUUGUCCCUUCAAAUGGUGAACCAGCACGUUGGAGGGAUUUUCACACUGCUACUGGAAUUGGACAUCUGAUGUAUAUUUUUGGUGGUAGAAGUGAUCAUGGAGGCAAUAUUUAUACUAACAAUGAGAUUUAUUGUAACAAAUUACAAAUUUUUGACACUUUAAAUAGAACUUGGAUAGAACCAGAAACCACUGGUGUAUUACCUAUUGGACGAAGAAGUCAUUCUGCUUUUGUGUACAAGGGUUACCUGUAUAUAUUUGGUGGCUACAAUGGCAAAUUUGACUACCACUUCAGAGAUGUUCUUAGAUUUGAUCCUGUGCAUUUACAUUGGUCAAUGGUGAAAGUAAAGGGUAAAGGUCCAUGUGCUCGGAGGCGACAAUGUUGUUGUGUGAUAGGAACCAAAGUCUUUCUGUUUGGUGGUACUAGUCCAUCUGUGAAACCUGCCAUACCUAAUCAAAACAAUGAUUCAGAUUUGACUGAUCACUCCGAUCUCCAUGUAUUAGAUUUUGCACCAACAUUGAAAACCUUGUGUCAGAUUGCAGUUGUUGACAGCAAAAUAAACACAGAUUGUUUACCACAGGUUCUUCAAUGGGAGCUUGCUGCAAUGACUACAAACAAUACAAUAUCAAGUGCUAGACCCAGUAACAUGAAUGGAUGAUGGAAUAUUUGUAAAUACACCUUGCAUUUAUCAUUGCAUUACCUAAGCUUGUGUUAUAGAGUUUGUGAUGUUUGUGUUCAGUAACAAAUAUAUGUGACACAGUGUCACACAGAAAUUACUUAUUUGUGAAUCAAUUGUUAUUGCAACCAGUCAGGUUGAGAGCUUUUGAAACUAUUGAAUGAUGUUGAAAUCAGUAUUGAUGUGGGGAUCAUUGAUCUGAGGACCUCUACCCCAAAUUUAAAUAUGUUUGGCCUGGGCCAUUUUGGUUUCAAUACCAGACAAAUUUGUUAAAGCUCUUGAUAUAAUUAAUAUGAAUUGACCGCUUGGACACUUGCAAGGAAACUGGUUUAUAGGUGAAUGGCUUCUGAAUAAAUAAAAAAAAAUGUCAAUUGAUAAUGAUUCUCAUAAUAAGUGGUUCUCAUCAUGAAUGAUUAACACGUUUGCUUCUUAGAUAUUGCCAUAAUGAAUGAGUCUUUCAAGCAAGAAAACAGUCUCUCAUUAAAGCAUUAACUAUAUGUGUCUCAUCCAGAUAAAGUAUACCCUGUAGAUAAAUACAUACAGAUUUUUAUUUUUAUUUCAUGACUGUUUGAUUUGUAUAUUUUUUCAAUUAUUUACUUCAUCAAGUGCUGAUUUUUUUAAUUUUUAAAAAUGUUUAUUUAUGGUUUUUUUUCGACUUUUGGUUGCAUUCUUGGAAUUUUCUCCCCCUGAAGCUGUGCAUUUCUUGUAAUAAAUCAUUCAUUUUUAUAACCAGUAUGAAAACGUAUUUAGUGAGAAUAUUUUUGUGAGGACAGUUACGUCUCUUUUCCAGUAUGCCUAAGGAGUGAUUACCAUGACAUUAUUUUUAUAUCUAUUUUACAUUUUUCUUUCUAACAGAAAAAUAAAAAUGAUUACUGUAUAAUGAAUCAUAAAUUAAUAAACUGUAACUUGACAUUACACUGUAUCUGUGUGCUUCAACGCAAAGAAGUAGCAUUAUCAGCAUCUAGCAAAGAAUACUAAAACCACUGCUAGUACCAUUUUUCACAUGCAGUGAGUUAUGAGUUGUUACUUAGUUGAUAGUAGAAUUACAAGUGUUGUUCCCACAAUUUUUUUUCAAAGUAUGAAGAGACAUUUCUUUUAUAGAUAUAAUCACUGCAUCAAAGUUAUUGAAAUCAGUUGAGGCAAUUUUGACUUACAUACAUCAUAGAAGUGCUGAUGGACAGACAGGUCCUUAUAAUAUGUAGAAUUAUUUAGAUAAAGUAAUAAUAUUGAUAAUGAAAACUUUUGAAAUUUAUAUCAUAUUUCGUUUACAUUCUUUGCUGUGAUAUUUUUUUUUUCUUUAAUGAUGUAUAUUUACAUUAAUAUUAACAAUUUUCAGUUCUAUCAAUUUAUAAAUUAUGCUAAUGGCAAUGUUUAUUUUUUCAUCAAAUGUGAAGUUAAUAUAAAGAUCACUAAAUUUUUAUUGUAGGUAUUUGAGUUUUUGGUUUUAUUUUUUUUAUAAAAAAAGGAAAAAAAUUGGUCUUUAAAACAUUAUUUUCACACAGAUCUAGUCAGACAAGUAUGAUUUGAGAUAAUGUGUUUCAAAAUUUUAUAUGCUCUUUCAGGCUAAUGUGAAAUCAAUAACGCACAAAAAUUAAAAACAAAAUAUGAUAAAAGGUUUAUAUCUUCAAUUUUAUGUGCUAAAAUAUUGUUUAAUAAUGUGUUUGAAUUUUCUUACUUGCAAUUAAAUAUACUUGAUCUAA